AUGUUGAAAUGCCUCUACUUUUUUAACAGGAAUAUGUUCCCAGAAAAUCUUGUCCAGGCCUGUUUUCAACAAUAUAAAACCAAACGUGAAAAAAUUGAAGCUACAACUGGUGUGGAUAAAAAUGGCUCCACAUUUACAGAAGAACCUGUUACAACUGCUACGACAGCAGAGGCUUCACAGAACAAAACCCAAGAAUAUAAAAUCGUGGGCAUAUAUUCUGACGGCAUCAAUGUGCUGGGGUUGAUCGUCUUUUGUCUUGUUUUUGGAAUGGUUAUUGGGAAAAUGGGAGAGAAAGGACAAGUGCUGGUGGAUUUUUUCAAUGCACUGAAUGAAGCUACAAUGAGAAUAGUUCAGAUAAUUAUGUGGUAA